AUGUGCAAUAGAAUGUGCUACUGCUGAUCGAUUGAUUACCAACUUCGUCACGACGUAACCGGACGAAGAGCGAAAUGGAUUCCAGAAAAGAUAUCUACAACCUUUGGGUGCAAUACACCACCAAGAACGAUGAAACUUACUUCCGCCAGUUCAUAGCAGGGUUCGUCAGUAUAUGGCACUCCCAACUGCAGCUCGACUUCGAAAACGCCCCUCGGUGGGAUGCGGUUGCACCGGAUUUGGGACCCCAUUUGAGUCGCCUGCCGGACGAGCUGCUACCUGCGAUAGAGAAGUUUCUAAUUAUCGCAAGAGAUGGUUGUGAAAAUGCUCGCGAAGAAGAUGGUGCGCACGAUAGUGGGAUGAGCGAAAAUGUGCUGCUGGUGCAGUGUUUGACCGUAGUAUGUCGUCAUUUCGAAAACAUUUCUGCCGUCAUCAAUUCCAGCUAUAUCUCGAGUUGUAUCGCAAUUUCCAAUUUUAUUAUGACGAAGCUUGACAAUGAGCAAUCAGCCGACCUGGAAGCAGAUGUACUGUUCGUGAAGAGUGUGGCCCGACUGUUGGAAGUGCUGUACGAUCCGUAUCUAACCUGGCGGAGCUACUUGCGCGGCGAGCACGCCGAUUACACCAUCCUGAACUACAAAAUAUCGCAACUGCAGCCUGAAAUAGUGCCAUUUAUAUACGAUUGCUUCCAGAGUGGUAAAGCGACGAAGAAUGCAAACAUUGGUAAGGAGCUGGUCCACGUCCUGGGAGCAGUCAUUGCAGGAUCUCAGGUAGCUUUAGUUAACAUUCCGCUACCUAAUGUCAAUUCGUACUAUUUAAAUAAUCCGGUUGGUGAAGGAAACGAACAUGUUUCGCAUAAUGGACUACGUGCCAUAAGUCCUGCAACGGUUACCAUCAUCAUAGAUGUAAUUUGUAAAUGGGAAAGCAACGCUGAGCUACGGCAGCUGAUGCUCCACUGCUUUGCACUGAUGGCAGUCAUCCUUCAAAAGUCUAGUCCUGAACAGCGUCAAAUCGAUUUGCUGACUAUUUUUCAACUUUAUAUAAGGUCGGUACGCGACCUACUGACGACGGAACACUUUCUGACGAAAUCCUCAUCGGUCGGCAGCUUCGAACUGUCGCACGAUGAUGAUAAUUACAUCGAUGUCGGCGCACUCGGUGCCGCGAUUGCAUAUAUUCGCGAGUUUAUUCCCGAUCACGCCGCCAACAAGCUGAUCCUGUGCAAUGCUUUGUUUGAGGCCAAGUUUCUUGCGAACCUGGUACAGAUUCCGGAGCAAGUGAAGAAAUGGAACAUUGACCAUCAAACGCUCGGUACAGUGCUGGUGGAGACGCUACAGAAGCUGUGCUACAAUUCGGAGAAAAUGCAGUACAACUUGAUGCACUCAAACUACAUCAAUGUGCUGUUUGACGGACUAAGAGCUUUCGGCAAACCAUCGUUCAGCUUGAUCAGUCAGUGUUUGGGGUUUGCGUUUGACGAGCACGAUACACGACAGGUCAAUCCGAUCGUCGUUACGAAGCUAAUAGACUGGAUACCGCUGAUGGGAGAAACGGAACAGAACAUGCUAAGCGAAGUGUUGCUUAAGAAAUGUGCUACAACUAUGCAAAGCAAGCAGCACGUUUGCAGCCAGAAAACCAUCAAACGCAUCGUGGACGUUUGCCUAUCCUCCUCUCAACGGUUAUCCUCCAAAUGUGCAAUUAAUCUGCUAAAAUUGAUAGAAGAGCUAGCCAAAUAUAGCAUCUUUCCGGCGGAGGUGAACAGUCUGUUCCGCCUGUUGCGUCCCGGAACACAGUUCGAGUAUAGGAAGUUGUUGCUGGAAACACUCCUACGAAUAACACACCAUCGCGGUACGAUCGGUGUAAUACCGGACAGCUUUCUCGACAUUCAAACGAACACGAGCGGCAUUACGAUACCGGAAAUCCGCAAAUGGGAAACGACACACGGAUUUGUGUUUCAUGCCUGGUUGCGUUUGGAGGAGGAACAUUCGAUAGCGCAAAACUAUCGCCGACAACUGUUUAGCUUGACCACCAACUACGGUACGGGGUAUGAGUUUUUCAUCCAGAAAAAUGGCAAUUUUGUAGUGAGCGUAAUUACGAAGAAGGAAUUUUUCACCGCCACCGUACAAUCGCCCCAGCUGCUCGAUGGUCGAUGGCAUUCGCUGACGGUUAGUGUUGUACCACCGAAACGGUUGUUCUCGUACCAUCAGAUAAACGUAUACAUCGAUUCGGUUCAAAAGCAUGGCUCGACGAUGAAGUACGCUUCGUUUGCGGAGGUAUUUCACUACUGCUCGAUCGGCGCGCCAUACAACAAUUUUCGCAAAGUGUCCCACACAUCACAUCAGUCCAAUUCGGCUCGCAUGAGCCCUGUACCGGUCGAUCAGAGUACAGCGUCGCCGAGCGGCGAAAGGGAAGAAAAAGUUAAAUCUUCUGGCCUAUUUCCAAACCUGAUCGAACGCACGUUCUUCCCCGGGCUUGUGUCGCAGGUGCCGAACUAUUUUACGCUACCGAGCAAAUCUACAUCUUCACUCGAUCCGAGCGUUAAAUCGUACCCGAUCGGUAUGCAGGAUCUUGUGUUCGGGGAAGCGAUCUGUCUGAAGGGGCAGCUUGGUGCGGUGCUGCUAGCGGACACGAACGUCAAUCUUAAGAGCUUGUUCGACGCUGGUCCAAACGUGGCGAAUGUACUAGCGACGGAUAUGAUCGAGUCGUUCGAUAUGGCGUCCAAGUUUGUGUUCUGCUUCGCGCCUAAUGCAUGCUACGAUGGGCUGUGUUUAGAUCUGGCACCGGGCAACCAGUACAACGGUCAUCUGGUGGCUAGCGUAGCGAAUACGCUCUCACUGCAGAACGCGCUCAACGGAAUCGGAGGUAUGGUGGCUUUGCUACCAAUCGUUGACAGUAUAUCGCUAAUACCGGAGUCGGAUAUUCCAUCGUCAAACGAGCUAAUUUCGCUCAGCCCAGUAGAAUCACCGCUAAAGGAGGAACACUUUGGCGAUUGGGAAAUGUUGCAGCUUAACUCUCUGACCGAGGCAAAAAUAAUUCAAAAUCCACUAGCUUGCUUUCUGUGCUUGGUGCGGAACUUUAUCAGUGGCAGCGAGCUGAACAAGGAAAGCAUGCUGAAGAAUGAUGCGAUUGCUAUCAUGGGUACGCUGCUGCAGAAAUGCAAUGAGCGAUUGGUCGAUGUAAAUGUGCUGAUGGCCUUGCAGCUGCUGAUCGAGUCGAUACAGAAUGAAAUGCCGUCGGGCAAUAUGGAGCUGUUGCAUGUGCUUCAUCGCGAUUUGGUAUUUAACUUUCGCAUUUGGGCGAAAGCACAGUUUCAAAUAGUGAUCGGACACGUGCAGUAUAUAAGCACAAUUAUCAAGGAUGAUCGGAAGUACUUUAGGCGCCACUUUGGCAUACAGUUUGUGUUGGAUGUUAUACAUGAGCACUUCACGCACGGUACGAAUCUUCCGGCGCAGGAUGCGAAAAUGGUACGCGAAUCUUUGCUGAGGAUUGUCAAGUACUACAUACAGAAGGAAGUCAAUAUAAAGGAGAUAUCGGCAGUGCUUACAUUCCUCACUACAACAAAGCACGAGUCAACGGUUGGUGAGAUUAUCGACAUGUUGAUAUUGCUAAUCGAAGGCAAACAUGUGAAGGAUCAAAUAUUCUUACUUAUGUAUGAGCCCCACAUGGCAGAAGCCAUGUACACGCUCUUUAUUGACCGUCAUUUCGGGAGUGAAGUGCACAAGAAGCUUAUCAAGUUCAUUACCGGCAUGCUGUGCACCAAACGAAUAUCCUCCAAACAUAAGGCAGCACUACGACUGUAUGACACAACUAUCGAAUGUCACAGUCUCUAUCCGGGGCUGUUUUCCUUUAUGCUUCCCUUCCAACUGGAACCCCACGUCAUUCUCGGUCUGUUGGAUCUCAAUUUAGGUUCCGACACCGAAAUGGGUUACGCCGGAGCACUGUGCCUCAUGUAUCAUUCCAAUCUUUCGGAGCUGUCGCUAAAGCUGGAAAUAGCGCGCCGCCUAAUGACGAGUACGUGCACGAAACCGAAAGCUCCACAGAUGAUAGCGAAACAGGUCGGCUGGCAGGAGUCGAUCGCACGGCUGUUGAUAAAGAAGCCGGUGGAAAAUCGUCCGGCCGAGGAAGGAUCGGAAAAGGAUAAGAAGCAGCAUUUGCUCACCGACAUGGACGAGGUUGUGAAACGUGAAAGCGAGUCAUCGGUUUCUGGGGCUGGUGCUGAUGAUUUGAUUGUGUUCGAUGAGGAGAAUCUGGAGCUGCACGUACAGGAGGGAAGCAGCAAGCAGCCGAACUCUUUCAUGUCGGAAGCGGCUACAGCAAUCGAGCAUGAAAUCAAUCAACUGGCGGAUACGGUUCAGGAAGCGGUAGUAGACAAUAUUGCUUCAUCGAUCACAUCGGUUUACUCUGUUAUACGUCAGAAAACGUCCGACAUACAGGAUACGAUCGGUUCGCUAACGCUCAGCUUUGAGGAGUCAGCUGGACGGAAGAAGAAAUCGUCCCUGAGCAGUAGCAGCGAGGAGAAUGUGUCGCUCGAUGAGUCAGGCUCGCUGGCCGGAACAGCUUCGAUGGUGGUAGAGGAUCUACAGUCGACAAAAAGUGCAGAAGAACUGGACAGCAGUACGGGAAAUAGCGUUGACUCAGCUAGUGAAAAAUACGCCGACGAUAACGAGGAAGAAAAUCUUGUGUGCCUAGUGUCGAGCAGCUUGUUUACCAUACUGUGGCGCGGUGUAGAAAACUCCAACGACUCGUGGCAGGAACGGGGUCAGGUGAUGGCAUGCAUUAACCUGAUCGCGCUUAACAAUGAACUGUACUGUUCCCAUCUGUCGCUACGGUUACGUAUACUGGAAAUGGGUGUGCAGGCAGCGCUGAUGGAUCUGGCGGAAAAUGCACACCUUGCACUGAUUCACCAGCAAAAUGCGGCCCAACUGUUACGGCUUGCCUACGAUCUUGUUGUGCUGGAUCCGAACGAAGACGAUUCAAAGAAGUGUUCGGUAAAACUGCUCGAUGGUGUUCUAUCGCUGUUGGACAUACUGAUGGUAUUUCAGCAAAGCAGUACGGACGAUUGGACCGAAAUGUCACAUCUUUGUUUGGGGCUGUUGCUAAAGUGUUCACACAGUGCCAAUUCGGAGAUAGUGGCAAUGGCUACCGCGAAGCUACACGCGUUGCUGCAAAAUCGCGUCAAUCAAGAUCCGGCCGAAAUAGGCUACCUAAUGUACAAUCUCAAUCAAGCAAUGUGCAAUGCGAUAGAGGUGGACAAUUCGGAGCAGUAUUCGUUUCUCAUACCGGUGAUGAAGGCGCUGCUGGAAAAAUCACGCACCGUACUUGGGUUGGCUACACACACACCGGAUCUACCGGCGACAUCGUCGGGCCCAAUUUUCUUUCAAGACUUCCAAACAUACUGUGCUAGUCGGCAAUGGACAACGUUUAUCGAUAAAAAGAUAAAACCACUGUACACAUCGUACCAGAAAGAUCUGUCCAAUACGCUGUGGGAACCGUUAAAUACGUUUUGGGCAGAAUGCUACGAAUCGUGCAAGCUAUCAUCUCAGCGCAGAGCCAAACUUCAGAUGGAAAGUCGUCGGAAAUUUCAGGAACGAAUACUUGUACCGUGUAGAAUACGUCAAUCGGAAGAGAAUGCGCGGCUCACCAUACAGCAAACCCAGCGCAAAGCGAAAGACGCAAAUACCGAUCGUCGCUGGCUGAAUCUUCAGCGAUUUCUUUACGGGCCCAAGGGUUCCUGGACGAAAGAAAACCGACAGGAAGAAUAUUGGCGUCUAUCACAUCACGAAAAUGUUGCCCGCAUGCGCUUAAAACUGGAACCGGACCUGUAUCACGAUCCACACACAGCUGCGGCUAAUUUGCGCGAUAAUACCACGUCCACCUCCCAGAGCCGACGGUUGUCUUCCGAGUUUGGGUCUACUUUCGCACCAGCCGCCAUAGGAGAUGAGAAUACCGAUGAAGAGAUGCUACUGUUGGAGGAGGAAAUGAGGAACAGCAUGGAACCGCAAGUCCCAGAAACAUCCGGGAAGGAGAAGAUUGUCAUCUCACAGGAGUGCGAACUGAUCACACUGAUGACGCGCGUGAAGGGUCGAUUCGAUCUGACGACGAGUCAGAUUAUGUUCACAGAGAUUGCCUCCCUGAAGGACGAUGGUCAGCGAAACGAUUUCAAGUUCCCGAUCGGUCAAUUGCGCGAACUGCAUUUGCGAAAGUUUAAUCUACGCCGCAGCGCACUCGAGAUGUUUCUCAUCGAUCAAACGAGCUACUUCCUGAACUUUACGACACGUACACGUAACAAAAUAUUCACCAAAAUCCUCAGCCUACAGCCACCGAACAUUCUGUACGGUUCGGGUCGAUCGCCGGCCGAACUGUUGAAGUCGUCCGGUUUGACACAGAAAUGGGCGAACCGAGAGAUAUCGAACUUUGAGUAUUUGAUGCACCUGAACACGAUCGCAGGCCGAUCGUAUAACGACCUCAGUCAGUACCCAGUGUUUCCCUGGAUAUUGGCCGACUACACGAGUGAAGUACUCGAUUUAAAUGAUCCCAAAUCGUUCCGAGACCUCAGCAAACCUAUCGGGGUAGUGAAUCCGAAAAACGAGGCCGAAGUUAGAAGUAAGUUCGACGGAUUCGAGGACCCGUCCGGGAUGAUACCGAAAUUCCACUACGGCACCCACUACUCCAACUCGGCCGGUGUGCUACAUUAUCUAAUUCGAGUCGAACCAUUUACCUCACUGCACAUUGAGCUACAAAGUGGUCGGUUUGAUGUAGCUGAUCGUCAGUUUCACUCGAUCCCUCAAACCUGGAAACUGCUGAUGGACAACCCGAACGACGUGAAGGAGCUUAUACCGGAGUUCUUUUACUUUCCUGAGUUUUUGAAAAAUAUGAAUCGUUUCGAUUUGGGUGUGCUGCAGAUGACGAAGGAAAAGGUAGACGAUGUGGUUCUGCCGGCAUGGGCUAAAACGGCCGAAGAUUUCAUCGCCAUUCACCGACGUGCGCUGGAGUCGGAGUACGUGUCGCAACAUCUGCAUCACUGGAUCGAUCUUAUUUUUGGUUACCGACAGAAGGGUCCGAAAGCGGUUGAAGCGUUGAAUGUGUUCUACUACUGUUCGUACGAAGGUGCGGUUGAUUUGGACAAAAUAGCAAACCCGAUCGAACGUGAAGCCGUCGAAGGUAUGAUUAACAACUUUGGACAAACACCGUCGCAGUUGUUAAGGGAUCCGCAUCCUCGGCGGUUAUCGUUGGACGAGCUUACGAUUCGGUUGCUAAAGUUGGAGCUAAAGAGACCAGAUCUUACGCUCAUCCUCGAUCGCGUUCAGUGUACGGCAUGCGAUUUAUCCACCGAUAAAGAUCCGGUCGUUUAUUUGAGUACACCGAAAAGUCCACCGAGAUCGUUUCUGCAGGCCAGUCCGGAUAUGCUGAUCACGGUAACAAAGUCAGGCAUUCUGGGCUGUCACAGUUGGAUGUCGUUUGACAAGGAGCGAGGAUUUUUGCUCGAAAUUGAUGCUACCACGUUGAACCUUAAAAAUCGUAAAAAAUUGAUCGGUCCCUUUCAUCCAUCGGUGACACUGAAUUCUAAACUCUUCGCCGUUAGCGUGGAUGCGAAGUAUAUCUAUGCCGGAGGCAUUUGGGACAACUCGGUGCGUGUUUUCAACUUGGCGCGGGGGAAAGUAGUUGCAUCGGCAAUAAAUCAUUUCGAUGUGGUGACAUGUAUUGCUAUGGACAACUGUGGUUCGUAUCUGGUGACUGGGUCUAAGGACUGCACCUGUGUAAUAUGGUCGCUUAGCACGAGUAGCAGCGUCGGCCAACCGACAGGAACUAAUUUGCAACCCAACACAGCUGCACUGAAUCAGAACUUGGCCGGAAAUGUGGUGGGAAGUGCAAAUGUUGUACAUCUUACCAACAACCUCACUCCGAAACCGGUACACACACUGUACGGACAUGACGAUGCCGUAUCUUGUGUGGCCAUUAUGACCGAACUGGACAUUGUGGUUUCCGGGUCUUUGGACGGCACUGUCAAUGUGCAUACCAUUAAGAACGGCCAAUUCAUCAGGACAAUAAAUCCCAUCGGAUGUACGGGUGUUAAGAUUGAAAUAUCCUUCAUUACUUUAUCCUAUCAAGGACAUAUCGCCUUCUCGGCAUUCGAUGACACCUCACACUCAGUGCACGUGUUCAGCGUAAAUGGAGUCAGCCUCGGUUCGAAGUACGUGUCCGGUCGUGUAACGGGGUUGGCCUCAGCAUCCGACUUUCUCGUGGUUUCGGACGAUGCUGGCGAUGUGACGAUGAGUCGCCUCUACGGACUUAAACCAAUCUUCGACAUUCCUCUACACGUCCCUACGCAAACAGUUGUGGGAACUGGUGGUAAUACACAUCUGUUGGCGCCUUUACGAGACGGAAGCCUUGGUGUGAUCGGCAUUCAGCAACCAAUCGUUUACAAAAAGCAUACCGUGCUAAACGUCUAAUAAUCUUCCACAGCUGGUCAAAUUGUCAGCAUUUUAAAGUUCGUUUCAUCAACGCGCAUAGUCAGUAUUUCGCCAAAUGUAGAGAAUUAAUUGAAUCAAUGCAGAACUGUGUUCUCAUUUCGAAUCUUUCGUUACAAUUAUUGGAGUCAAAUGGUGGUGUACUUAUUGCAAACCUUUGUUAAGUUUAUAGUUUGUUU